AUGUCGAUGCAGGACCGGGUGCUUCUGAUGCCUGCAAUUGCAAACAGACAUGCGUUCCUAUGGAACAAGAAGGUGAUUCAAUCUACAGACUUUGAAGUUGUCUUCGCAAUUUCUGGCAGCCUCCCGCGAAACACACAACAGGAUGGAAGUCUGGCUUUCUGGAUGGGCACAGAGGAUUGCACAAAGAAUUUCAACGAGAAGGCACUGGUGGAGAAAGUGCUACGUGAUAGGAACAUGGAUUGGAGAGUGGGUUUGAAAGAGCUUGGAUACUCUGAAAAUGGCUGCAAGCCAGACUUCAAGGGGAUUGCCGUCAUUUUCCUCCCCUUUGACCAGGAUCGGAAACUCAGGCAGACGGUCGCUGCCGUGUUCUCGGAUGGGACUCGGCCCAUCCCGACGCCUUUGGAAGAUGUACUGAAGGACUCCAGGGCAAAGGUUGUGACUAGCGACUGGCUGCCGGACAAGAACACCGCAUCUACUCAGGUGAAGGUCAGGGUGCAUGCUGAUGGCAGCAUCGUCGUGAGCAAGCGGCAGGCAGGUAUGGCCCAUCUUGCGGGAGCCGUGUGGUCCUGGGCUCCAGAUGGUCAGGAGGUGAAAGGAACUUUUGUCCUUCAGCCUGACAAUACGCUGAGUUGGAAGGGUCAUCCCAACUCCGGACGAUGGAACGUGCUCCCAGGUGGAAAACUCAACAUAACCCUGUUCGAAGCUAACUUCGUUCUGCGUCUCGAAGGCAACCGAGCGGUGCAAGAGCUUCCCGACUUUCCUGUCCGAGCAAUAGCUUAUCUUGGUGGGCAGGAAGUCGAGGACGAGCCAUGGCAAAGGCUUGCGAUCUUCCUUCCCAAGACCCUCGCAGUGCCCGUGCCGAACAUGUUCUACGGUUUCACAGGUUACAGCGGCACCAAGUUCGGUAUGGAGGUGAACCUGAACUACUUGGGCACCUUCAAUCAUGAUCCGCACGUGGUGGGAGAGGACGGCUUCAGCAUUGCCCAGUCACAGCAAUGGAAAGAGGCCCUGGCUGAUGAAGCUCGCUUUAUCGAUCGGGUCUCGCAGCGUGAGGCCAUCGAGCGCUUGACUAAGCUCCUUGGCGACCAUGUUGCCGAAGAGGGAGCCCUGGAGGAAGCGAUCAGGUCUGACCUGGUGACUUUGGAUGGUCGCCUGGAGCACCUGAGUGCGGACGUCGGCACCUACUUGGCAGCAACCGAGGCUUGGUCCCCAGAAGACGGCCAGCUUCAUGCAGAGGCCAUCAAGAACCACCUGGGCAAGGUCAAAACCCUGCUGACGACGGGCAAGGAGGUCAACGAGGCAGCGCUUCAGCAGGCCCGGGAUGCUGCAUCGCGGCUGAAGGACACUCAGAACAAGAGGAUGGCGUCAGCAGAUGCCAAGCAGAAGGUCCAAUCUGUUGUUGAUCAGUCGCAGACGGUCAAGGAUUAUGCAGCUGCAGGUUCUUCUCAAUCCCAGCUGCUUUUCGUUUUGAUCGUAGUUUGCGUUUCGGUGCUCGGCGCCAUGUUCUUCAACAGGAUGCGAUAUUACGAGAAGAAGCACUUUAUCUGA